AUGGAAAUGAUAAUUCUUCUUGGGAUCCUGGGAGCCACAUUGUCAGCCCCACUUAUCCCACAACGCCUUGUGUCAGCAAGCAACAGCAACGAGUUACGUCUGAACCUUAACAAUGCUGGGUUUUUGCCACUGCAGCUUCAGGGACCAUUUAGCACACUGAUUCCUCCUUUCUCUGGAAUUAUGCAACAGCAGCAGGCUCCAGUUCCUGGACUCUCCCAGUUCUCUUUGUCAACUCUAGGCCAGUUUGUUGGACUUUUCCCAAAUAAGAUACCCUUCCCAGCACAGGUCAGUUUUUCCCAAGGAGCUCAGAUGAACCAGCUGAACCCCUCACAGCCUCAAACACCAAGGCAGAGCCAACAGGGCCCUGAUCAUGUGUUGCCUUAUAUGUUGCCCUUAAAAUUGCCCCAAGAGCAACAAGAGAUGCUUCAAUACUAUCCCAUAUACAUGUUCCUACCCUGGGAACAACCUCAACAAGGAGUUUUACAGUCACCUCAGCAAACAGGACAGCAGCAAUUUGAAGAGCAGAUACCAUUCUAUAUUCAAUUUGGAUAUAUUUUGCAACAAGCAGAACCUGUUAUACUGGGAGGCCAGCAGCAAUUAGCCUUUGAUCCGUUCAUAGGCACAGCUCCUGAAAACUUACAGGUUCCAGCACUAGUAAUACCAUAUUUACAAAAAGAAAUGAUAAACUCUAGACAUGCCAGUGCUGGCAUCAUCUUGCCUUCAACUUCACCCAAACCCAGCACAAUCGAUGAUUUCACUUCUGCUAUAGAUCCAACUAUUACCCCAGAGCUCAUGGAAAAGAAGGCCAAGACUGAUAGCCUAAGGGGACCGUAA